AUGUGCAGAGCGCAUAAACCGGGACGAUAUGUCAAAAGUCAUUUGAAAGAGUUCAAUUCUACAAUUCAAAACACAAAUUCAAAACCUGAAGCAAAAAAUGCACUUGCGGCACCAGCUACCAAUGCGCUACCACUAACAACAACUGAAGCAUUAACAUCAACUUCCUCCUCCAUUUCCAGUACAUCUACAGUUACAAGUUCUUCUCAAAAUACAAACUCAAAACUUAGCACAGUAGAUACAGAUUCGAAAAAUGUUGCACCUUUAGUUACACUUGAAACUCAAACUAACACUGCUUCUAAACAGAUACUAACUUUUGCGGAUACUGAUGCAACUACAUUCACGUCUACUGCUGUCAGUUCGACUUCAUCUACUGGUCUCAAACAAACCACAACCACUGCGUCUUCAGCAAAUGCUGACUUAUCAUCUAAUCCAUCUUCAGUUUCUAAUUUAAAAGUGACGUCCAUAACCGAUACUACAACAGCAACAAGACAAACACAGGUUGAACCAACAACCACAACAACAAGUACAACACAGGCUUCUUCAGCUAUAACAGCAACAAGAACAAAACAGACUACUCCGACUACCACAGCAAAUAGUAAGACACAGGCUGCACAAACUACCACAGUAACUACUGCAACACAGACUGCUCCAGCUACAACAGUAACUGGUACAAUACAGGCUGUUCCUACUACGACAGUAACUAGCGCAACACAGACUGCACCAACUACCACAGUAAAUAGUACAACAUAUAAGGUUCCAACUACCACGGCAACUAGUACAACACAGGCUGGUCUAACUACCACGGCAACUAAUACAUCACAGGCUGUUCCAACUACAACAGCAAGUACUACAACACUGGAUGUUCCAACUACAACAUUAACUAGUACAACACAGGCUGCACCAACUACUAGUACAACACAGACUGCUCCAAAUAAAACAAUAACUGGUUCAACACAGGUUGAACAAACUACCACAAUAACUAGUACACCACAGGUUGUUCCAACUACCACAGUAACUAGUACAACACGGAUUGUUCCAACUACCACAGUAACUAGUAUAACACAGGUUGCACCAAAUACAACAGUAACUAGUAUAACACAGGCUGCUCGAAAUACAAUAUUAACUAGUACAACACAGGCUGCACCAACUACCACAGUGACCAGUACCACACAGACUGCUCCAACUACCACAGUAACUAGUAUAUCACAGACUGAUACAACUACCACAGCAACUAGUACAACACAGGCUGCAUCAAAUACCACAGUAACUAGUACAACACAGGCUGUUCCAACUAACACAGCAACUAGUACAACACAGAAAGCUUCAACUACACUAGCAACUAGAACAACACAGACUGCUCCGACUACAACAGCAAUUAGUACAACACAGGCUGCACCAACUACCACAGUGACCAGUACCACACAGACUGCUCCAACUACCACAGUAACUAGUAUAUCACAGACUGCUCCAAAUACCACAAUAACUAGUACAACACAGACUGCUCCACCUACCACAGUAACUAGUAGAACACAGACUGCAAAAACUACAACAGCAACUAGUACAUCACAGGCUGCUUCAAAAACCACAGAUAUUAGUACAACACAGGAUGUUCCAACUAACACAGCAAUUAGUACAACACAGGCUGUUCCAACUACCACUGUUACUAGUACAACACAGGCUGCACCAACUACCACAGUAACUAGUAGAACACAGACUGCAAAAACUACAACAGCAACUAGUACAUCACAGGCUGCUUCAAAAACCACAGAUAUUAGUACAACACAGGAUGUUCCAACUAACACAGCAAUUAGUACAACACAGGCUGUUCCAACUACCACUGUUACUAGGACAACACAGGCUGCAACAAGUACAACAGUAACUAGUACAACACAGACUGCUCCAAAUAAAAGAGUAACUAGUACAACACAGGCUGCAACAACUACCACAGUAAAUAGUAGAACACAGAUUGCUCAAACUACAACAGUAACUAGUACAUCACAGGCUGCUUCAAAUACCACAGAUACUAGUACAACACAGGAUGUUCCAAGUAACAAAGCAAUUAGUACAACACAGACUGUUCCAACUUCCACUGUUACUAGGACAACACAGGCUGUACCAAAUAAAACAGUAACUAGUACAACACAGGCUGCACCAACUACCACAGCAACUAGUACAACACAGGCUGUACCAACUACAACAGUAACUAGUACAGCACAGGCUUCACCAACUACAACAGUAACUAGUACAACACAGGCUGUACCAACUAACACAGCAACUAGUAAAACACAGGCUGUUCCAACUACCACAGUUACUAGUACAACACAGGCUGCACCAACUACCACAGUAACUAGUAGAACACAGACCGCUCGAACUACAACAGAAACUAGUACAUCACAGGCUGCUUCAAAAACCACAGAUACUAGUACAACACAGGAUGUUCAAACUAACACAGCAAUUAAUACAACACAGGCUGUUCCAACUACCACUGUUAAUAGGACAACACAGGCUGCACCAAGUACAACAGUAACUAGUAGAACACAGACUGCUCCAAAUAAAACAGUUACUAGUACAACACAGGUUUCACCAGCUACAACAGUAACUAGUACAACACAGGCUGUACCAACUAGCCCAGCAACUAGUAAAACACAGACUGCUCCAAAUACAACAAUAACGAAUGCAACACAGGCUGCACCAACUACCGCAGUAACUACUACAACACAGACUGUUCCAACUACCACAGUUACUAGUACAACACAGGCUGCACCAACUAGCACAGUAACUAGUAGAACACAGACUGCUCAAACUACAACAGUAACUAGUACAUCACAGGCUGCUUCAAAAACUACAGAUACUAGUACAACACAGGAUGUUCCAACUAACACAGCAUUUAGUACAACACAGGCUGUUCCAACUACCACUGUUACUAGGACAACACAGGCUGCACCAAGUACAACAGCAACAAGUAGAACUCAGACUGCUCCAAAUAAAACAGUAACUAGUAUAACACAGGCUUCACCAGCUACAACAGUAACUAGUACAACACAGGCUGUACCAACUAACACAGCAACUAGUAAAACACAGACUGCUCCAAAUACAACAAUAACUAAUGCAACACAGGCUGCACCAACUACCACAGUAACUACUACCACACAGACUGUUCAAACUACCACAAUAACUAGUACAUCACAGGCUGCUCCAAACACCUCAGUAACUAGAACAACACAGGCUGCACUAACUACCGCAGUAACUAGUACAUCACAGACUGUUCCAAAUACAACAGUAACUAGUACAACACAGGCUGCACACCUUACCACAGUAACUAGAACAUCACAGGCUGCUCCAAAUUCCACAGUAACUAGUACAACACAGGCUUCACCAGCUACAACAGUAACUAGUACAACACAGGCUGUUCAAAGUAACACAGCAACUAGUAAAGCACAGAUUGCUUCAAAUACAUUAGUAACUAGUACGGCACAGGCUGCACCAACUACCACACCAACUAUUACAACACAGACUGUUCCAAAUACGACAGUAACUAGUACAACACAGGCUGCACCAACUACCACAGUACCUAGUACAUCACUGACUGCUCCAACUACCACAGUAACUAGUACAGCACAGGCUGCACCAAUUACCACACCAACUAGUACAACACAGACUAUUCCAAAUACAACAGUAACUAGUAAAACACAGGCUGCACCGAUUACCACGGCAACUAGUACAACACAGACUGCUCCAACUACCAUAGUACCUAGUACAUCACAGACGGCUCCAACUACCAUGUUAACUAGUACAUCACAGGCUGCUCCAAAUACCACAGUUACUAGUACAACACAGGCUGUUCCAACUAACACAGCAACUAGUACAACACAGGCUGCUCCAACUACCACAGUAACUAGUACAACACAGACUGCUCAAAAUACAGCAGUAACGAGUACAACACAGGCUGCAACAACUACCACAGUAAAGAAUAAAACACAGACAGUUCCAACUAACACAGCAACAAGUACAACACAUACAGCUUCAACUUCACCAGCAACUAGAACAACACAGACUACUCCAACUACCACAGUAUCUAGUACAACACAGACUGCUCCAACUAAAACAACUAGUACAACACAGGUUGUUCCAACUACCACUGCAACGAGUAUAACACAGCCUGCUGCAACUACAACAGUAUCUAGUACAACACUGAGUGCUCCAACUACCACAUUUACUAGUACAACACAUGCUGCACCAUCUACAACAGCAACUAAUACACAGGCUGCAACAACUACCAGAGUAACUAAGAAAACACAGACUGCUUCAAAUACAUCAGUAACUAGUAGAACACAGGCUGCACCAACUACCACACCAACUAGUACAACCCAGACUGUUCCAAAUACAACAGUAACUAGUAAAACACGAGCUACACCAACAACCACAGCAACUAGUACAACACAAGCAACUGCUCCAUCUACAACGGCAACUAGUACAACACAGGCUGUUCCAACUACCACUGCAACGAGUACAUCACUGGCUGCUCCAACUACCACAGCAACUAGUACAACACAUAGUGCUCCAACUACCACAUUUACUAGUACAACACAGGCUGCACCAUCUACAACAGCAACUAGUACAACACAGGCGGCACAAACUACUACAGUAUCUACAACUAGUACAACACUGGCUGCACCAACUACCACAGCAUCUAGUACAACACAGGCUGCACCAACUACAACAAGAACUAGUACAACACAGGCUGCACCAAGUACCACAGCUUCAACAAUUACAACAGUAACUAGUACAGCACAGGCUUUUCAAACUAACACAGCAACCAGUAAAUCACGGACUACUCCAAAUACAAGAAUAACUAGUGCAACACAGGCUGCACCAACUACCACAAUAACUAGUACAACACAGAGUGCUCCAACUACCACAUUUUCUAGUACAACACAUGCUGCACCAUCUACAACAGCAACUAGUACAACACCGGCUGCACGAACUAUCAGAAUAACUAGUACAACACAGAUAGCUUCAACUACACAAGCAACUAGUACAUCACAGAAUGUUCCAAAUACAACAGUAACUAGUACAACACAAGCUGCACCAACUACCACAGCAUCUAGUACAACACAGGCUGUUCCAACUACCACGGUAACUAGUACAACACAGGCUGCACCAAGUACCACAGUAACAAGUAGAAUACAAACUGCUCCAAAUACCACAGUUACUAGUACAUCAAAGGUUGCUCCAAAUACCACAGUUACUAGUACAACACAGGAUGUUCCAACAAACACAGCCACUAGUACAUCACAGGCUGUUCCAACUACGACUGUUACGAGUACAACACAGGCUGCACCAACUACAACAGUAACUAGUAGAACACAGACUGCUCCAACUUCCACAGUAACUAUAACAUCACAGCCUUCUCCACAUACCAAAUUAACUAGUACAACACAGACUGCUCUAAAUACAACAGAAACUAGUACAACACAGGUUGCUCAAACUACCAAAGUAACUAGUACAUCACAGCCUGCUCAAAAUACCACAGAAGCUAGUACAACACAGGCUGUUCCUAGAAACACAGCAUCUGGUACAACACAGACUGCUCUAAAUACAACAGUAACUAGUACAACACAGGUUUCUCAAAGUAGCAAAGUAAUUAGUACAUCACAGGCUGCUCCAAAUACCACAGUAAUUAGUACCACACAUAUUGUUCCAAGUAACACAGCAACUAGUACAACACAGACAGCUCUAAAUACAACAGAUACUGGCACAACACAAGUUGCUCAAACUACCAAAGUAACUAGUACAUCACAGCAUUCUCCAAAUACCACAGUUACUAGUACAACACAGGCUGUUCCAAGUAACACAGCAACUAGCACAACACUGACAGCUCUAAAUACAACAGUAACUAGUACAACACAGGCUUCAACAACUACAACAGUAACUAGUACAACACAGGCUGUUCAAUCUAACACAGCAACUAGUAAAACACAGACAACUCCAGAUACAAGAAAAACUAGAACAACACAGGCUGCACCAACUACCAAAAUAACUAGCACAACACAGAGUGCUCCAACUAGCACAUUUACUAGUACAACACAGGCUGCACCCUCUACAACAGUAACUAGUACAACAGCGGCUGCACGAUCUACCACAAUAACUAGUACAGCACAGACAGCUUCAACUACACAAGCAACUAGUACAUCACAGACUGUUCCAAAUACAACAGUAACUAGUACAACACAAGCUGCACCAACUACCACAGCAUCUAGUAAAACACAGGCUGUUCCAACUACCACAGUAAUACAGACUGCUUCAAAUACAUCGGUAACUAGUAGAGAACAGGCUGCACCAACUACCACACCAACUAGUACAAGACAGUCUGUUCCAAAUACAACAGCAACUAGUACAACACGAGCUGCACGAACUACCACAGCAUCUAGUACAACACAGGCUGCACCAUCUACCACAGUAACUAGUACAACACAGGCUGCACCAAGUACCACAGUAACAAGUAGAAUACAAACUGCCCCAAAUACCACAGUAACUAGUACAUCACAGGUUACUCUAAAUACCACAAUUACUAGUACAACACAGGCUGUUCCAACUAACACAGCCACCAGUACAUCACACGUUGUUCCAACUACGACUGUUACGAGUACAACACAGCCUGUACCAACUAAAACAGUAACUAUUAGAACACAGACUGCUCCAACUUCCACUAUAACUAUAACAUCACAGCCUUCUCCACAUACCAAAGUAAAAAGUACAACACAGACUGCUCUAAAUACAACAGACACCAGUACAACACAGGUCGCGCAAACUACCAAGGUAACUAGUACAUCACAGCCUGCUCAAAAUACCACAGUAGCUAGUACAACACAGGCUGUUCCAAGUAGCACAGCAAGUAAUACAACACAGACUGCUCUAAAUACAGGAACUAGUACAACACAGAUUGCUCAAAGUAGCAAAGUAACUAGUAUAUCACAGGCUGCUCCAAAUACCACAGGAACAAGUACAACACAGACUGUUCCAACCAACACAGCAACUAGUACAACGCAGACAGCUCCAAAUACCACAGUAACUAGUACAACACAGACUGUUCCAACUAACACAGCAACUAGUACAACACAGACAGCUCUAAAUACAACAGAAAUUAGCACAACACAGGUUGCUCAAACUGCCAAAGUAACUAGUACAUCACAGCCUUCUCCAAAUACCACAAUAACUAGUACAACACAGGUUGUUCCAAGUAACACAGCAACUAGCACAACACCGACUGCUCUAAAUACAACAGUAACUAGUACAACACAGGCUUCAACAACUACAACAGUAACUAGUACAUCACAGCCUUCUCCAAAUACCACAAUAACUAGUACAACACAGGCUGUUCAAACUAACACAGCAACUAGCAAAACACAGACUACUCCAAAUACAAGAAUAACUAGUACAACACAGGCUGCACCAACUACCACAAUAACUAAUACAACACAGAGUGCUCCAACUACCACACAGACUGCUCUAAAUACAACAGAAACUAGUACAACACAGGUUGUUCAAACUACCAAAGUAACUAGUACAUCACAGCCUACUCAAAAUACCACAGUAACUAGUACAUCACAGGUUACUCUAAAUACCACAAUUACUAGUACAAGACAGGCUGUUCCAACUAACACAGCCACUAGUACAUCACACGUUGUUCCAACUACGACUGUUACGAGGACAACACUGCCUGUACCAACUAAAACAGUAACUAUUAGAACACAGAAUGCUCCAACUUCCACUAUAACUAUAACAUCACAGUCUUCUCCACAUACCAAAGUAAAAAGUACAACACAGACUGCUCUAAAUACAACAGACACCAGUACAACACAGGUCGCGCAAACUACCAAGGUAACUAGUACAUCACAGCCUGCUCAAAAUACCACAGUAGCUAGUACAACACAGGCUGUUCCAAGUAGCACAGCAAGUAAUACAACACAGACUGCUCUAAAUACAGGAACUAGUACAACACAGGUUGCUCAAAGUAGCAAAGUAACUAGUACAUCACAGGCUGCUCCAAAUACCGCAGGAACAAGUACAACACAGACUGUUCCAACUAACACAGCAACUAGUACAACGCAGACAGCUCCAAAUACCACAGUAACUAAUACAACACAGACUGUUCCAACUAACACAGCAACUAGUACAACACAGACAGAUCUAAAUACAACAGAAACUAGCACAACACAGGUUGCUCAAACUGCCAAAGUAACUAGUACAUCACAGCCUUCUCCAAAUACCACAAUAACUAGUACAACACAGGCUGUUCCAAGUAACACAGCAACUACCACAAUAACUAGUACAGCACAGACAGCUUCAACUACACAAGCAACUAGUACAUCACAGACUGUUCCAAAUACAACAGUAACUAGUACAACACAACUGCACCAACUACCACAGCAUCUAGUAAAACACAGCUGUUCCAACUACCAUAAUACAGACGCUUCAAAUACAUCGGUAACUAGUAGAGAACAGGCUGCACCAACUACCACACCAACUAGUACAAGACAGUCUGUUCCAAAUACAACAGUAACUAGUACAACACAGGCUUCAACAACUACAACAGUAACUAGUACAUCACAGCCUUCUCCAAAUACCACAAUAACUAGUACAACACAGGCUGUUCAAACUAACACAGCAACUAGCAAAACACAGACUACUCCAAAUACAAGAAUAACUAGUACAACACAGGCUGCACCAACUACCACAAUAACUAAUACAACACAGAGUGCUCCAACUACCACACAGUCUGCUCUAAAUACAACAGAAACUAGUACAACACAGGUUGCUCAAACUACCAAAGUAACUAGUACAUCACAGCCUGCUCAAAAUACCACAGUAGCUAGUACAACACAGGCUGUUCCAAGUAACACAGCAACUAGUAUAACACAGACUGCUCUAAAUACAGGAACUAGUACAACGCAGGUUGCUCAAAGUAGCAAAGUAACUAGUACAUCACAGACUGUUCCAACUAACACAGCAACUAGUACAACACAGACAGCUCUAAAUACAACGGAAAGUAGAACAACACAAGUUGCUCAAACUACCAAAGUAACUAAUACAUCACAACCUUCUCCAAAUACCAUAGUAACCAGUACAACACAGACUGUUUCAACUAACACAGAAACUAGCACAACACAGACUGCUCCAAAUACAACAGAAACUAGUACAACACAGGUUGCUCAAACUACAAAAGACUCUAGUACAUCACAGGCUGCUCGAAAUACCACAGUAACUAGUACAACACAGACUAUUCCAACUAACACAGCAACUAGUACAACACAGACUGCUCUAAAUACAACAGAACCUAGUACAACACAGUUUUCUCAAAGUAGCAAAGUAACUAGUAGAUCACAGGCUGCUCCAAAUACCACAGUAACUAGUACCACAUAUAUUGUUCCAAUUAACACAGCAACUAGUACAACAGAGACUGCUCUAAAUACAACGGAAAGUAGCACAACACAGGUUGCUCAAACUACCAAAGUAACUAGUACAUCACAACCUUCUCCAAAUACCACAGUAACUAGUACAACACAGACUGUUCCAACUAACACAGCAACUAGCACAACACAGACUGCUCCAAAUACAACAGAAACUAGUACAACACAGGUUGCUCAAACUACAAAAGACUCUAGUACAUCACAGGCUGCUCCAAAUACCACAGUAACUAGUACAACACAGACUGGUCUAAAUACAACAGAAACUAGUACAACACAGACUGCUCUAAAUACAACAGAACCUAGUACAACACAGUUUUCUCAAAGUAGCAAAGUAACAAGUACAUCACAGGCUGCUCAAAAUACCACAGUAACUAGUACUACACAUAUUGUUCCAACUAACACAGCAACUAGUACAACACAGACUGGUCUAAUACACAAAACUAAACAACACAGUUUCAAGCCAAGUACUAGUACACACAGGCGCUCAAUCCACAACUGCUCUAAAUACAACAGACACAGUACAACACAGGUCGCUCAAACUACCAAGGUAUCUAGUACAUCACAGCCUGCUCAAAAUACCACAGUAGCUAGUACAACACAGGCUGUUCCAAGUAGCAGAGCAAGUAAUACAACACAGACUGCUCUAAAUACAGGAACUAGUACAACACAGGUUGCUCAAAGUAGCAAAGUAACUAGUACAUCACAGGCUGCUCCAAAUACCACAGUAACUAGUAAAACACAGACUGUUCCAACUAACACAGCAACUAGUACAACACAGACAGCAAUAAAUACAACGCAAAGUAGCACAACACAGGUUGCUCAAACUACCAAAGUAACUAGUACAUCACAACCUUCUCCAAAUACAACAGAAACUAGUACACCACAGGUUGCUCAAACUACAAAAGACUCUAGUACAUCACAGGCUGCUCCAAAUACCACAGCAACUAGUACAACACAGACUGUUCCAACUAACACAGCAACUAGUACAACACAGACUGCUCUAAGUAGAACAGUAACUAGUACAACACAGGUUUCUCAAAGUAGCAAAGUAACUAGUACAUCACAGGCUGCUCCAAAUACCACAGUAACUAGUACCACACAUAUUGUUCCAACUAACACAGCAACUAGUACAACACAGACUGCUCUAAAUACCACAGUAGCUAGUACAACACAGGCUGUUCCAAGUAGCACAGCAAGUAAUACAACACAGACUGCUCUAAAUACAGGAACUAGUACAACACAGGUUGCUCAAAGUAGCAAAGUAACUAGUACAUCACAGGCUGCUCAAAAUACCACAGUAGCUAGUACAACACAGGCUGUUCCAAGUAGCACAGCAAGUAAUACAACACAGACUGCUCUAAAUACAGGAACUAGUACAACACAGGUUGCUCAAAGUAGCAAAGUAACUAGUACAUCACAGGCUGCUCCAAAUACCACAGCAACUAGUACAACACAGACUGUUCCAACUAACACAGCAACUAGUACAACACAGACAGCUCUAAAUACAACAGAAACUAGCACAACACAGGUUGCUCAAACUGCCAAAGUAACUAGUACAUCACAGCCUUCUCCAAAUACCACAAUAACUAGUACAACACAGGCUGUUCCAAGUAACACAGCAACUAGCACAACAACGACUGCUCUAAAUACAACAGUAACUAGUACAACACAGGCUUCAACAACUAAAACAGUAACUAGUACAACACAGGCUGUUCAAACUAACACAGCAACUAGCAAAACACAGACCACUCCAAAUACAAGAAUAACUAGUACAGCACAGGCUGCAGCAACUACAACAAUAACUAGUACAACACAAACUGCUCCAAAUACAACAGAACCUAGUACAACACAGGUUGCUCAAACUGCAAAAGAAACUAGUACAACACAGACUGUUCCAAAUACAACAGAAGCUAGUACAACACAGGCUGUUCCUACUAGCACAACACAGACUGCUCUAAAUACAAGAAUAACUAGUACAACAAAGGCUUCGCCAACUAAAGCAUUACCUAGUACAACACAGGCUGUUCAAACUAACACAGCAACUAGUAAAACACUGACUACAAAUCCAAGAAGAACUAGUACAACACAGGCUGCACCAUCUACCACAGUAACUAGUACAACACAGAUAGCUCGAAAUACCAAAGUAACUAGUACAACACAGAUUGAACUAACUACCGCAGUAACUAGUACAUCACAGGCUGCUCCAAAUACAUCAGUAGCUAGUACAGCACAGGCUACACCAACUACCUCACCAAUUAGUACAACACAGACUUUUCAAAAUACGACAGUAACAAGUAGAACACGAACUAUUCCAACUAACACAGCAACUAGUACAACACAGACUGCUCCAAAUACAACAGUAACUAGUACAUCACAGGCUGCACCAACUACCACAGUAACUAGUACAACACAGGCUGUUCCAACUAGCACAGCAACUAGUAAAACACACACUGCUCCAAAUACAACAGUAACUAGUACAAUACAGGCUGCUCCAACUACAACAGUAACUAGUACAUCACAGGCUGCACCAACUACCACAGUAUCUAGUACAACAAAGACUACUCUAAAUACAACAAUAACAAGUACAACACAGGCUUCACCAACUACAACAGUAACUAGUACAACACAGGCUGUUCCAACUAGCACAGCAACUAGUAAAACACACACUGCUCCAAAUACAACAAUAACUAGUACAACACAGGCUGCACCAACUACCACAGUAACUAGUACAAAACAAACUGGUACAAUUACCACGGAAACUACUAGAACAUCACAGACUGCACCAACUACAACGACAACUAGUACAACACAGGCUGUUCUAACUACCACUGCAACAGGUACAACACAGGGUGCUCCAACUACUAUAGUAACUAGUACAACACAGAGUACUCCAACUACAACAUUUACUAGUACAACACAGGCUGCACCAUCUACAACAGCAACUAGUACAGCACAGGCUGCACCGACUACCACAGUAUCUAGUACAACACAGGCUGUUCAAACUAACACAGCAACUAGUACAACACAGGCUGUUCCAACUACUACUGCAACGAGUACAACACAGACUGCUCCAACUACCACAGUACUUAGUACAAGACAGAGUGCUCAAACUACCACAUUUACUAGUACAACACAGGCUGCACCAUCUACAACAGCAACUAGUACAACACUGGCUGCACGAACUACCACAGUAAGUAGUACAACACAGACUGCUCCAACUACAACAGCAACUAGUACAACACAGGCUGUUCCAACUACCACAGUAACUAGAAAAAUACAGAGUGCUCCAACUACCACAUUUACUAGGUCAACACAGGCUGCUGUACCAACUACCACUGCAACUGUUACAAAACAGGCUUCAACAACUACCACAGUAACUAGUAAAGCACAGACUGCUUCAAAUACAGCUGUAACUAGUACAUCACAGGCUGCACCAACUACAACAGAAACUAGAACAUCACAAGCUGCUUCAAAUACCACAGUUACUGGUACAAUACAGGCUUAUCCAACUACCAUAGUAACUAGUACCAAACUGAGUGCUCCAAUUACCACAUUUACUAGUACAACACAGGCUGCACCAUCUACAACAACAACUGGUACAACACAGACUGCACCAACUACCACUGCAACAAGUACAACACAUGCUGCACCAACUACCACUGCAACGAGUGCAACACAGACUGAUCUAACUAACUCUGCAAGUAGUACUAGACAUGCUGCAUCAAAUACAGCUGGAACUUCUACAAUUAGCCCUGGAACAAAUGUACAAAAUAUCACUAAAAGUAGUAUAACAAUCGACAGUUUUUCACCAACUCGUUUAAGAAGUACAACCGUUUCUAAUGCACCUUUAACAAACACAGGAGCGACAUCCACUAUAACACCAAUAGCAGUUUCGUCAUCACCAUCUUCUAACUCUACAGCAUUGAUAACAUCUUCUGCUGCUAACCAUUCUGCUUCGGUAUUGGUGUCUUCUUCCACUGUCAGCUUAAUCAAUACAACAUCUCUAGCAUCCUUACCAUCAUCGCCAAAGGGAGUUCCCGCAACAAACACACAUGUGCCUUUAACUCAGACAGGUAAGAGUAAUCUAGAAGCAGAUGGUGUUACUGGGACCCGCUUGUUCGUGUGUGUGACGUUGCUGACUUAG